CAGCCGCUGCAAGGCCAGCUACGAUACCGGAUUUCCACAAAAGAUGUUUUCGUUACAGAUGAUCAGGCCUGUUAUAUCAGCAGCGAGGUCGUCAACUCGGACAUGCACAAGGAGAUUUCAUCCAUUGGCUUCAGGCACAAACUGGUCCUCACCUUCAGCUAACCUGGUGCCAAUUGUGAUCGAACAGACCGGCAGGGGUGAGCGGUCGUAUGACAUCUUCUCCCGUCUACUGCGCGAACGCGUAAUCAUGUUAUAUGGACCAAUACGCGAUACUGACUCUGCACUUACGGUGGCUCAAUUGCUCUUCCUUGAAGCGGAGGACUCUUCAAAGCCUAUCCACCUAUACAUAAACUCACCCGGAGGGAGUGUCACAGCCGGCAUGGCUAUUUACGAUACAUAUGUAUCAUCACCCAUCCACACCUACUGCGUGGGACAGGCGUGUUCCAUGGGAUCCCUAUUAUUGGCAGCUGGAGAGCGUGGCCGAAGACAUUGCCUCCCCCACGCCAGCAUCAUGAUUCACCAACCUUCCGGAGGGGCUUCGGGUCAAGCUUCCGACAUCGCUAUACACGCCAAGGAGAUUCUCCGUGUGAGGGAAGUGCUGACACGGAUAUAUCAGAGGCACUGUGCUAAAGAAGGAGAGAGCGAUGCUGAAGGGUUACAGCGGUUCGAGAAAGCUCUGGAGCGCGACUAUUUUAUGACCGCUCAGGAAGCACUUGACUUCGGGAUCGUUGACGGUAUCCUGGAGAAGAGGCCUAUUACAGAUACUGAAGCUUAAUGCGAGUUCCGCGGGGGUAGCUUCCGAUUCGCAUACCUCUAAAGCACAUGCAGAUCCGGCGCCCGCCUUAUACCCGACCCUUGAGACAUUGACGCCAUGAAACUUCAUGCACGGUCCCGUUCAUCGAUU